UAAUGGUAAUUCCUCAUAGACACUAGGGAAUGCUUUAUGCAUUUCUAAGGAGUAGAUCGUGUUGAGUAGAUCGUGUUGAGUAGAUCUCUCCCUCUCUCUCUCAACUGUAUGGGCACUCGUAUAUUAUACCGCAUUCGCAGAUGAUUGCCUAAUUCUUCAUCAACCACGGCUAUUUCAUCGUUCCUUAUCAAAAUUACGCAUAAAUGUAAUAGCUCCAUUUUACAAGCUACUGAAAAGCAAACCACGAAGAAAUGGCCAAGCCAAUGACGCAUUCCCUUCGUGAUGCUGGCUUUCCUUCGACAAGAAUCAAAGUCAUCUUUUUGUCAGUGUUUUUCCUCUGUGGGUUUGUCAAAAUAACCGUACAUGAUAAUAUUUUGGCAGGGGCGGAAGACAUCCUUGAAAAUACGAACUACUCGACUGGAUGGAUCAGUGCUAUGGUCAACAUACCUUACUUGUUUGCAGUAGUCUUCAUUCAGUUUCUUCACCAUCGACUAAAGAAUACAUACCAAAUGUGGUUUGGUUGUCUGACAAUGAUAUUGGGCUCUAUUGGUGUGGGUUUUCUUCCUGACACUACACUAAAAAUCGCAGCUGUUUGCUUCACAGGUGUAGGGGUAGCAUGCGUGGAACUUGCAAUGAUAGCUUUGACAAUAAAAUAUCCAGAUGGAGUUGUGCAGUCCUUUAUCAUUGGUGAAGCUUCUGGAAGACUUCUAACUCCAAUCAUCUAUACAGNUCUCACAUCAUAUUUGUGCAUCAAACCUAGCCUUGUGUUUACUGUAAUAUCAUUAUCCUCCAUCAUACUCCCAUUGCAAGAUUAUCUCUUAACAAGCAGCCUCUUUGAUGUAAGCAAAUCUGUGCAAUAUCAAAUGAGCCAGGAAAAACAGCCACUGUGCGACGAUGAAAGUUUGGACAAAAAAUCAUUGUCAGAUGAAGAAAAAAUCGAUAAUAAUGAUUCAAAAGUUCAAGACAUCAAAUCCUCUUCAUUAUUUGUCAAUCUUUGCUUGUUUUAUAAAUCAUUUUCUCGAUUCUAUGCGGCGUACUUGGGUUUUGCCUUCCAGACUCUGUAUGCCCAAUCUUUUAUCACCACAAUUGUUUUCUCUAACUCUCCAUUCAAACCGAGAGAGCACUAUCAGUAUUACUUGAUGGCUCUAUGGGGUGGUUCUUUCGCUGGACGGGCUUUCGGCAACCUUUUUGAUUGUUGUGGGAAAAUCACGAAGUUACUUGGUACAAACACAGUAUCCUCCACUCAUAUUGUCUUUAAUCUUUGUAACAUUACUGUGAUGUUUGUAGCCGUGUGGUGCCGUAACAUGCCAAAUGUCUGGGUCAUCCUACUUCUUUGCUUUAUAAGUGGUAUAAUUGCUGGUGUUGGGUAUCUAAUCUCUCUUUCUCCAGUGUCUGAAAAAGAGAAGCAUAUUGAGUUUACGAGGAUGAUGGCAGUUACCAUUAAAGGAUCUGCAUGUGUCGUAGCUGCACUGAUUGCUAUACCAUUGGAGCCAUUAAUAAGACAGCGUUGUUUUGAAGUUACACAUACGAGUCAAUACUGUAUUGCUAGAUACAUUGGCAUUGGUAAAAAACCUUGUUACAACACUUAAUCACUGGCAAUCAUGCAUCAUCAGCAGUUGUUUYGUAUCRAGAAGCUGAA